CAGCCGGUCUGUCAGUAGAGCUACUGUGGAGGAGAAACCAGCACAAACUGGGAGAGACUCUGGAAGAAAAGGAGAAUAUGUGGAAAAGGGAGAAACAGUAAAAACCAGAAGAGAAGAAGAAGCUGAGGCGACAGCGAGGAAAAAGGAGGACGAGCUGAGCCUCAGUCGGACGACGAACAUCAUCAUCAGGAGGGGGAGGAGUCAGAGAGGAUGGCGUCUCAGUUCUGCUGGAUUCACCUUUGGAUCCUCAUCCAGCUGUUCAGGAACAUCUCGGCUGACCCGGGUUCACCGCGCUACACCGUCCACUUCAACCAGGUUAACUACGACCAGGCCAUGCAGGCCUGUUUCCCCGGCGUCCUCACCACGUUCGCCACCGAGCAGGAGGUCGCACACGUCCUCGGGCUCAUCGCCAAGUCAGUGGCACCUCUGAAGCAGAGCAACUUCACCCUCUGGGUCGGGCUGAGGAAGGUCAAGGACGAGUGUGUCGUCCCCGAGCUGCCACUCAGAGGGUUCAAGUGGACGGACGGCAGCGAGGAGUCGGAGGUGAGCCGCUGGACGAAGGAGCCAGAGGAAACCUGCACCUCGGUCCUCUGUGCGGCGCUGAACGGGGACUUAGGCGGGUCGACGGUGACCAGGUGGAGUCUGAGCCCUGUCACCUGUAGGAAGGGUUACGGGUUCAUCUGCAAGCUGAGGACAGGAGGGACACCUGAGCCCGCUGUUAAACCUGCUACACCAGAACCAGCGACACCUGGACCUCAACCUGCUACUAAAGGACCAGCGACACCUGGACCUCAACCUGCUACACCAGAACCAGCGACACCUGGACUUCAACCUGCUACUAAAGGACCAGCGACACCUGGACCUCAACCUGCUUCACCAGAACCAGCAACACCAGAUACUGACCUGAAGUCUACAACUGGACCUAAACUGCAGGGACCUGACCCUGAUCCUAAAGCAGUACCAGGGUUGGACCCGUGUCAGCCCCCCGUCAUCCCUCGUGCCCGUUCCCUCAUUCCGGACCCCAACGACAGCCGCCGGAUCCAGGUGCAGUGCUGGUUCCCCUUCCAACUGGACCUGUCCUGCUCGGGCCGUCCUGCUGUGUGGCGGCUCCUGGACGGGUCCCCCGCCAACUUCUCCGCCAUCUGCCAGCCGUGUGAGGCCGGUUUCCAGAAAGACCCUUCAGGAGACUGCGAGGACGUGGACGAGUGCCGCGGCGGCGCCCGCUGCAGGCACGGCUGCCUGAACACCGAGGGCUCCUACAGGUGCGUUUGCUCCAACCAGAGUGGGGAACACCACGACGAGGACUCGUGCGCAGACAUGGCGCCAAAUGGCGACAGCAGCUUGAUGACGGGUAUCCUGAUCCCGGCGCUGGUUGCCGUGGCGGCGCUGGUGCUGCUGGUGGUGGUCAUCGCGGUGACGGUGAAAUGCUGCCUGAUGAGGAGGUCGAAGAAACGCGCCAUGAAGAAGGCGGAGAAGAUGGCGAUGAGGAGCAAGGAUUCCUUUGAAACAGCCAAUGAGAAGGUAGCAACAUGAGAGCUGUGAUUGGUCGAAGGCAUUUCACCGCAGUGACAUCAUCAACGCCAACAUUUACAGUUUGGUUCACAGGAAGUAGAAAAGUUCAUUUUUCAGUUUAAAGAGUUUUUAUAUUUUUGCUUUUUCACUGAUGCCAGAAACUCACCCGGAAUCCUCUCACCUCAUUGGCUGAUUUAAGAUCACCUGAGCACAGUGCAUGUCAUGGUGAUCCCUGCGCUCUGUCUGACAGGCAGCAGACUGACUGACACAUUUACAAGUUUAUAUUUACUCCAUGUUACUAAAUAUAUUCUGCUGUUUUCAUUGGUUCAUUAACGUCAGUUUCACAUUUAGAAAACGAUUUACAUUAAUCCGUUAUUGAUCAGUUCUUAUUUAGUUUGUUUGCUGUGAUGAUAAAUAACAGGAAACAUUUUAAAGUCUCUGAAUUUUGUUUUUUAAUGAAUCGAAAUUAAUUAUUUAUAAUAAGAUUAGAAAAGUAUUAGAAUGAUUAGCAUAUUUAAUGAUCAUUUUAAAUCAACACAUUGUUUUUUAAAGCAUGUAAAGUUUUCUUUUAUAAGUAAACAAAGACAAACUUGUUUUUCAGCUGCAGAAUAAAACGCAGUGUUUGAACGUU